AUGGCGAAACAAGAGCCCCCCAACAUCAUCUUCAUCAUGGCUGAUGACCAUGCUGCCAAGUCCAUUUCCUGCUAUGGUGCUGGCAUCAAUCACACGCCCAACUUGGACAGGCUUGCCAACGAGGGGAUGCUCUUCAACCACUGUUACGUGACAAACAGCAUCUGCACACCUUCGCGAGCUGCCGUGCUCUGUGGCACUCACAACCACGUCAAUGGCGUCAUGACGCUCGAUUCCAAGAUCAACAAGCGGCUGCCCAACGUUGCCAAGCAGCUGAAGUCCUCUCCGCAAAAUUACCAGACGGCCAUGAUUGGCAAGUGGCAUCUUGGAGAGGGAGAGGACCACAACCCAACCGGCUUCGACCACUGGAGCAUCGUUCCGGGUCAGGGCGAGUACUGGGACCCCGAGUUCUACGGGCCCAACGGCACGGAGAGAGUCCCCGGUUAUGCUACCGACAUCAUCACCGACAAGUCGAUUGACUGGAUAGAAAAGCGUGACAAGGACCGACCCUUCUUCCUCAUGUGCCACCACAAGGCACCUCACAGGUCAUGGGAAUACGACGACAAACACAAGGAUCUGUACAAGGAUCCCGUACGCCUCCCAGACACGUUUACUGACGACUACAAGAACCGCGCCAACGCGGCCAAGGUGGCCAAGAUGCGCGUCGCAGAGGACCUGACCUACAACGACUUGGGCAUCGUGCAGCCCGAGGGUCCUGCGAGCCGUCUCGGCACCAAGAUGGUGGACAUCUGGUGGUGGACAGACAGGAAGCUGCCCGCGCCCGAGGACGUCACCCAGCUCAAGUUUCGAUGCAAGCAGACAGGCGAGGAGUUUACCUUCUCCACCCCUCAGGAGCUGGCCGAGUUCAAGUUCCAACGGUACAUGCAGCGGUACCUGCGGACCAUCCAGAGCAUUGACGACAAUGUCGGGCGGUUGCUGGACCACCUCGACGCGAACGGGCUCGCAGAGAACACCAUUGUCAUGUACACCUCAGACCAGGGCUUCUUCCUCGGAGAGCACGGCUGGUUCGACAAGCGCUUCAUGUACGAAGAGAGUUUCCAGAUGCCCUUCGUGAUGCGUUUCCCGCGCGAGAUCAAGCCCAAGACGGUCUGCAACGACAUCAUCUGCAACGUGGAUUUUGCGCCAACCUUCCUCGACUUCGCCAAUGUGCAGAUCCCGUCGUACAUGCAGGGGCUCUCCUUCCGCGCCCUCACGCAAGAGAAGACGCCCCAGGACUGGCCACAGGUCGCCUACCACCGGUACUGGAUGCACCGCGACAUCAUUCACGAGGCGUACGCCCACUAUGGUGUCAGGGAUCAGCGCUACAAGCUGAUCUACUGGUACAAUGAAGACUUUGGCAUCGAGGGCACCCGGCCGGGCGGCGAGGAGAAGGAGUGGGAGCUGUUUGAUUGCCAAGAAGACCCGCUGGAGCUCUUCAACUGUUACCACGAGCCCAAGUAUGCGGACAUUGUAAAAGAGAUGACCAAGAAGCUGGAGGACAGGAUGUACGAGAUUGGUGACGAGCCAGUGCACACCAGGUUGUGA